CAUGCUUUCAUAUUUCCAUCAUCACCAAAGACUCAUAGUAUUCUAAGUGUUUCAUCUAAAUUACACUACUAGAGUACCUUGCAGCUAGCAAUGGCUGAUUUCCAAACCUACUUCACCAUCUUUAUGUUAUGGCUGAUACCCACCAUUUUAAUCAAAUUCUUCGACAAAUCUAAGAAAGCUCAUCUCAUCCCCCCAACCCCCUUUGCCCUUCCCAUCAUUGGCCAUCUCCACCUCAUUUUUCCAAUCCCUCAUCAAGCCAUGCACAAGCUUUCCCUCCGAUACGGCCCUAUUUAUCGCCUCUUUCUUGGCUCUCAUACGUCUUUCGUCGUGAGCACACCCGAACUGACAAAAGAAUUCUUUAAGUUCCACGAAAAUGCCUAUUUGGAUAGACCAAUUAACUCGGCAACAUAUCAUAUGACAUAUGGAAAUAAAGAUUUUGUGUUUGCCCAAUAUGGACCUCAUUGGAAGUUCAUGAAGAAGAUAAUCAUGACGGAGCUCUUAAAUGGAGGAAAGGUAGACUUGCGCCGCCAAGUGAGGAAAAACGAAGUUACUCGUUUUAUGAAACGUGUUUCUCAAAUGGCCAAAGACAGGAAGGCGAUGGAGAUGGAUUUGGAGCUGACCAGGGUUAUUUACAAUGUGGUAAUAGAGACCAUUUUGGGUAAACGAUUCACGGAGGAGGCCGAGGCUAGGGAAAUGAAGGAUUUGGUUGACGAUAUAGCUGGGUUAGAAGGUAGCUUCAACAUCUCGGACUACAUAUGGUUCCUUAAAAACGUGGACUUGCAAGGGUUUGGGAAAAAAGUUAGGGAUGUUCAUCGAAGAUUUGAUAUAUUCGUAGAGAAGAUCCUUAAAGAGCAUGAAGACGCUAGAAAGCUGGACAGCUUAACAUCAGAAAAGAAGGACUUGCUCCACAUAUUACUAGAUACAGCCGAAGAUAAAAGCCAGAAAAUACAAUUGACAAGAGUGAACAUCAAAGCCUUCGUUUUCAAUAUGUUUGUCGCAACAGACACUACAUCACUUACCACGAAUUGGGCACUUUCAGAACUUAUCAAUCAUCCAAACAUAAUGGAAAAAGCAAGAGAAGAAAUCGAUAGAGUUGUUGGCAAAAACAGACUUAUCCAAGAAUCAGACUUACCAAACCUUCCGUACCUCCAGGCAAUUGUAAGUGAAUCUUGGCGUCUUCAUCCAGGCGCCGCAUUAAUUCCAAGACUAGCUACAGAAGAUAGAAUAGUGGCGGGUUACCAUAUUCCAGCCAACUCUACGGUUUUUUUCAACUCUUGGUCUCUAGGCAGAGACCCGGGGGCUUGGGAAAACCCUCUUGAAUUCAAGCCCGAGAGAUUCAUGCACUUCAAGAUGGAACCAAGAGGACAAGAUUAUAGCCUGCUGACAUUUGGGGCGGGGAAAAGAAUGUGUCCGGGGUAUUCACUAGCAUUCCAGUUGCUACAUUUACUCCUCGGUUCCAUGAUUCAAUGUUUUGACUGGAAGGCCGGGAAAGAUGGGAAACUUACUAGGGUGAACUUGGAAGAGGGUGUCGGAAUCACACUUCCUAUGGCAACCCCUUUGGUUUGCAUACCUGUGGCUCGGCUUAAUCCUCUACCAUUUUAACUAGUCUCCGAUCCAAUCCACCUAGACUGAUCACCCGGACUAGCUCUUUUAAUCCACCUCGACUCAGAUCGAGAACAAUUUGAAUAAAUAAUAAGUAUUGAUCGAUCAAUACUUGUUUAGUAUACGUAUAUGGCAUUAUAUAGUGUUUGUAUGAAGUCAUAACUUACGCGGCUCUCGUACUCUGUAUCUCACUAGUUCUAUUAUUGAAGGAAUUUUAUAAAUACAAUACAUAUUUGUACUUCAAUAUGUAAUAUCAAUAAGUUAAUUAACAAUAUAUAUUGUGGGGUUUAUAAUUA